GCGCGCGCGCGAGUUACAUCACGCAGACCGACGAGGACGCCAGUUGAAAAAUCGUCGAGGGCCGCCAAGCAGUUCAGUCGUAGCGACAGCCGCAGCUAGGGUGGUUGCUCAAGUAAGGUGACGAUGAGAGCUUUCCUGGCGUUGGCCGUUCUGGCCUGUGUGGGUCUGGCCAUGGGAGACGGAGGAAGUCACGGGGGAGGUCACGGCGGUGGCCACAGCUCCGGUGGCCACAGCUCUGGUGGCCACAGCUCCGGUGGCCACAGCUCCGGUGGCCACAGCUCCGGUGGCCACAGCUCAGGUGGCCACAGCUCCGGUGGCCACAGCUCCGGCGGCCACAGCUCAGGUGGUCACAGCUCCGGUGGCCACGUUGCGUCGCAUUCCGUGCCAGCUUCCAGUUACGCCGCUCCCUCCAGCCACAGCGCCGGCGGAUCUGGCAGCACUGGAUACUACUACUACUACUACCCUGUGCAGGAGCACCAGGCGUCCAACGAAGGGGGCGGCCUGGACCUCGCCGGCCCGCUGCUGAUCGCUGGCGUCAUCGGCAUCGGCUGCUGCUGCUGCUGGCCGCAGCCGCCUACGUCGCCAACGACAACAACAACAACGGCAACGGCCGCCAGCUGCUACCCGCGAUACCCGACGAGGUCAACCAGUUCAUCCACAGCCAGGAGUUCAACCGGGUCGCCACCUUCGCGCUGCGGGCCAUCGCCAAGCGGUGGUAGACGGGCAGGUCUGUCCGGCUCGGAGGAAGCAGAGAAGCCGGAGGCGCGUGCGGCUGGCCCGGUGCCAAACAGCAGAAACGUCUGAGGUGGUGGUGCUGAAGAGGAGAACGCCGUGCGUGUUGUUUGUAUUGAUGCCGUGCCCGUGAGGUGUGUGUGUGACCCGGGUAGAAGCUCAGUGGUAGCUCAUGCUCAGUGGUAACUCAUACGAAUCGAUCCACAGGGUAUGCGUGUGUGUGCGCUCUGCGCAUGAGCGGAGGUGCCGCGUCCGUUAUCGCCGGUUUGUCCGCAAUUCAGACGGUUGUCUGCAUGCUUUCUUGCCUGCUUUUUCAUUGUUUUUUAUGUUGUGCAUUUAGUGCAAUUAUGUCUUGGUCGUUGUUGAUGGUCUUAAUUGUUGCCGCGUUUGCGCGCGCUGCUCUGGCCGCUGGUUGUGUCGUCCGGCUUUAUGUUCCCUCGUUUGUCGUAUGUGUGUCUGCCGCUGUUUUCUGGGCACUGCUUUGUUUGUGACUUGUCAUGUUGUGCCUCCCGUGUUUUUGUCACACGCGUUUUGAACAUGCUUCUGUUUGUGUUCCGUUUUCUGAGUCCUUGUGUUAUUAAAUGUCGUUCAUCGCGUUCAUCGUCGUCCCCAGUCACGUCCGUGCUGCUUUUGUGUUCAUGUUCAUCACAGUAGUUUAUUUAUUAUUAGCAGGCCUGUAUUUGUCCCACCGUAUCUACAGACUUUUCAGUUCCCUUCCGCUAUGUUUCCUAAUUUCUUCUCAAGCCUGGGUUUCCACAAUGGUCUGCAUCACUUCUUAUUCCCUUAGGCAUGGUCCAGACUCAUACACGUACUUAGACACUUACUCCUCAGUCAACCAUUUGAGGAUGUCAGCUCAAGCCCUGUGAUAUGUCGCCAGGUUCGCCGCUGAUCAAGCCUCAUUGUUGCUUUGUUGUUACUUGUUACAGCUGUUGUUGUUACGAUUGUAGGUGAUUUUCACCGAUGUAGAAAAAGCGGAGUGGAAAGCUCGAGCGAUCGUUCUCACGGCUCUUCCGCCCGGACAAAGACACGGUGCUGACCUCUGAAGCUAAUACAGUUGCUACUUGAAUGAUA